CAAACAGACACUCCAAUUUUAUUUAUAUGUAUAGAUGAACAUGAUAAAUUCUCGUUUAAUAUCCCCAACAUAGUGUUCAUUAAAUAAAUAAAUGUACCUAUAGAAAUCAAAUAUUCAAUAUGUAGUUAUGAAUUAAUUAGUGUUCAUAAGUUUAGAGAUGCAAAAUUUAAACUUUGAAAUAUAAUAACAUGUAGGUAAAUAGCAGCUGUGUUGUACGGUAACAUCGUGAUUACCAUGAAACAAUAGGACGGAAAGUACUUUCGAAACAGCCAACAACAAUAGUCCGCCGUCUCGAGUGAGCCGACCGGUAGCCGUCGGUGCAUUCAUUCUCAUGGUAAACAAUCACUUUUACGUUGCUUAAUGUAUGGGUCAACUUAUUGUUAGUCUCAACAACGCUUACUAACUACACCCAAACGUAACGAAUCAUAGUUACACGGGAGUACUUUUGAAGCAUUGAAAUAAGUUAGCAAGUUUUGACGAGGAAACGAACGGCACGAGUGUUUUGUGAUUUGUGACAGCGGCUAUUGGAGGCCGCCUCCCCCAGUCAGAGUCGCGCGCCUGCGGGUACGGACGUGUCGGCCGCAUGUGGAUUUGUCGCGAGUGGUGUGAUCACACGGCGCCGGUAUUAACGCGCUCCUUGUACUAUAGUACUUUUAUUAUAGUAUUGUCCGAGUGACGCCUCUUUUAAUUAUGCUCAUGGUCCAGACAAACGCUCAGCCGAUGAAGAACAACAAACUGAAAGGCCCACCUCCUGUGCCUCCGCGACCAAAUCAAAGUGUUGUGGCGGAGGCGCUGGCGAAAACGAGGAAGGCCGUUGCGGAAUCGAAGGCCAACUUUACCAAGUCUCGUAGUUAUUCUAAACAAGAGCACUCGAAUAGCGGUGCGCGUUCUAAAACUUUGGAAAGAGCUAACACAGUGCAGCCGACAGUCUCGCCCAAACAAAAUGGUUUGGCCCGUGUUAAGUCAUUUAUUAGAGACGUUAUCAGCGACCGUAGUUCUUCGUCUGAUGAGCGUAAAUCCAGUGGUCAGAACUCGAGAAGAAGUUCGAGUGACAGUAGUUCAACACCUGCGGCUAUCACAGUGAGAAAAUCGAAUGAAUCACUCAACUCUAAAGCAGUUAAAACCUGUCGACAGAUAUUAGUGAGAUCACUGUCGACGUCAAACAAAUUAGAUCAGCAAGAUGCAAAAUGCAAGGUUACAAAGUCAUCUAGUUUUGCAGAAAAAUCUUUGCCAUUGCGUAAAGCUCCUCCACCGCCUCUCUCACCUAAACCUAAGUUAAAACCAAUGAAACCAUUACCGGUACAAAAACGUCCAAAGGUAAAUACGCCAACGAAAGAAUCACCUGAGAUUAGUCUUUACGCUUCGCCAAUAGACGCGAAACCACCUCGUAGUCCCCUGUCUGAGGCGCCUUAUGCUUCAGUCGAGGAAGUUCAAGAAUUCGAUGACCGGCUUCGCAACAGUCCGUCGAGACAAAUCGACAAUAUCGCGGAUCACAAAGACCUCAGGAUUGUUAAUAACGAAACAGAAAAUAAAAAUAAUAAUUCGUUAGAAAGAAAAACAUCUCAAGUAACAGAAAUGUUAAUCUCGGAAAUAUUAGCGAGCAGAAACAACAACAAAGACGAAGCUAAUACGGUUAUAGAUAAAGGGAAAGAUUCUGAGAAUAUCACCAAAGAGAACGAGUCACAUCAGAUGCAAUUGAUGAAGGACAUGAACAAUCACGAGAUGUUGAUUUAUGAACUACAAACGAUGCGGUCACAGUCUGACGUACCACAAAGUUUUGAAACGAAGGACAUAGAAAGAAAUGGACAUUGCGAUUCUGAAGAUUCUGAACAAAACUACGCGAUGUCCUCUGUGAACAGUGAAAAUGUGGAUGAUGAUUAUGAACACGCUUACGCUUAUAUUGUUGAUGAUGAUUUAAAAUCUAGGUUACGUAAACAGUUCCGGGCGAUCAGCACAAUGUCGUUGCAAGGCCUGCCCCCUCUACCGAAGAGUCUCAGUGGCUUCGCGGAAGACGAUCCGGAUACUCCGGACCCUCCAGACACAUCUAACGAAAAACCACCCACCGAUCUUGAUUCACAGCUCGUUUAUCUCAAGAAAGAAAUGGCCAGCCUGCGUCAGUUGGAUCUGUCGCUGUUGUCCGAAUUGUGGAGUCUGAGCGAGGCCAUGGCGUCGUGGAGGAGACAGCUGGAACGGGCGCCGCGACUCAGACCAGCACCACCACCGCCCCCACCCAUACACUACCUCAGGACAUAGCCCCGCCACAGAACUCACCAAUAUAACGAAGAAUCUUACGUCAUUAAAAUAUAAGGCUAUAAUGAUUGCCAAUGUUAGUUUGAAGGAUGAAAUAAAUAAAGCGGACUGUCA